AUGUCUAGUAACACCCCCACAGGGAAGAGGAAAAAAACCAAUCAGAGCAAUCAAAUAUCCACUGACCAAGACAAGUGGGCAAGGAUAACCUUCAACCCUGCCAAAAACCAAGGUGACUCAACUACCCACUUGAACCACCAACUUAGAAAUGCUGGGUUGACAGACCAAGAAUACAUCAGCACGGUCUUUGAUGGUAUGCCUAUGAUGGGGGAGGUGGCUUGGAUGGCUAGAGGUGAUAUGGAGCAUGUUGUGGACCCUGGAUGGACUGGAAAGCAUGGAACGCAGGCAAACAGUACUGUUGAACAGGAUGCAGAUGCUGACAACAACAACAACUAUGACGACCAUGAUUCCAAACCCAAGGCUAUGGAUCCCUGUCUGAUUGUGCUGGUGCAGUGCCUCCUGGCUCUUGACUCUGAAGCAACACCUGAUUUCUCCAAGCUGAUCGAGAAUUACCGGAACAAGCUAGGAGUUCAUCUUGACAACUAUGAUUUCCGAAGCCAAGGUCCCACCAAAGACAAGAUCCGCCGCUUUAUUUGCAAGUUGCUAAAUAACGCUUGGGAUACUCUAAGUCUGAGAUUGAAUCACAUGUGGAUGCGGCAACAAUUCAUGUCAAUCUCUAACAUUCUCACAUCAUCACCUGCUACAAGGGUUAGAAUCCCGGUGGAUUUGAAGCCCUGGCUACCUACAUCAGAGAUUAACUGCCCUCUCAUUGAAAGGCACGGAAACAUGCCACUGGUACAUGAGAACUGGAAAGGUUUCCAGGAAACUCCGCCUGAGACUGCCAUUGGCAAUUGCAGUUGUUUCACAUGA